CACGCCCCCUGCCGUCCCGGGGCCGGCCCGCGCGGGGCAUGUCGGGAACGGCGCGGCCCUUCCGGCCCCUGCGCGGCGGCACCACGCGGCGCGGCCAUGGCGGACGGGGACGGCUCCAGCGCGAGGAAGCGGCGGAGGAAGGAGAAGCGGCCGCUCCCCGACGCGGACGUUGCGGACAUCCAGCACACGGAGGAAUUCUUCAUCAAACCCGAGUCCCGCGUGGCGCAGCUGGACACGUCCCAGUGGCCCCUGCUGCUGAAGAAUUUUGACAAGUUAAAUGUGUUGACAGCACACUACACACCCCUUCCUUCUGGUGCUAAUCCCCUGAAGAGAGAGAUCUCCGACUAUGUUAGGUCAGGUUUUAUUAACCUCGACAAACCUUCCAAUCCGUCUUCCCAUGAGGUUGUUGCAUGGAUCCGACGCAUCCUUCGAGUGGAGAAGACUGGACACAGUGGCACUCUGGAUCCUAAGGUGACUGGGUGCCUCAUUGUGUGCAUUGAGAGGGCAACGCGACUGGUCAAAUCUCAGCAAAGUGCAGGCAAAGAGUAUGUGGGAAUUGUUCGGCUGCACAAUGCAAUUGAAAGUGAGGCCCAGCUGGCCAGGGCAAUAGAAACUUUGACAGGCGCACUGUUUCAGCGACCACCCCUCAUCGCUGCUGUGAAGCGACAGCUAAGAGUCAGAACCAUCUAUGAGAGCAAACUAGUGGAGUAUGACCCUGAGAGAAGAUUAGGUAUCUUCUGGGUGAGCUGUGAAGCAGGCACGUAUAUCCGAACACUCUGUGUUCACCUUGGCUUGCUGCUUGGUGUUGGAGGACAGAUGCAAGAGCUUCGGAGAGUGCGUUCAGGGAUUCUGGGAGAGAAGGACAACAUGGUGACUAUGCAUGAUGUCCUGGAUGCGCAAUGGCAGUAUGACAACAACAAGGAUGACAGCUACCUGCGAAGGGUUAUUUUGCCAUUAGAGAAGCUGUUGACUUCACACAAGCGGCUAGUUAUGAAAGACAGUGCGGUUAAUGCCAUUUGCUAUGGAGCCAAGAUCAUGUUGCCUGGUGUUCUGAGGUAUGAAGAUGGCAUUGAGCUUAAUCAGGAGAUUGUUGUUAUCACCACAAAAGGAGAGGCCAUAUGCCUAGCAAUUGCCUUGAUGACCACCGCAGUCAUUUCUACCUGUGACCAUGGAGUAGUAGCGAAGAUCAAGAGAGUGAUCAUGGAGAGAGACACGUAUCCCCGCAAAUGGGGCCUUGGCCCCAAGGCCAGCCAGAAGAAGAUGAUGAUCCAGAAGGGUCUGUUGGACAAGCAUGGGAAGCCCAAUGAGAGCACGCCGGAUUCGUGGAAGAAGGAGUAUGUGGAUUACAGGGAUACUGUCAAGAAAGAGGCAACGGUAGUCCCACAAGUUGUCUUUGAGCCACUGAGGGCUCCAAAAAGGAAACGAGAGUCGGAGAGUGAAAGUGAGGAGGCUUUGACUCCGCUGUCCCCUGCCACCCCACCGCCAGAUGAGCUGAGCAAAAAGGAAAAGAAGAGAAAGAAGAAAGAGAAGAAGGCCAAAGAGGCUACUGAGAGUGGAGAAGAGCAAAUGGAAGUGACCAGUGAGACCAGCACCAAGAAGAAGAAGAAGAAGAAACAGAAGGUGGUAGAAGAGAGCUCGGAGUAAGCGACUGGAUCUGUCCAAAGCAGGCGACCUCAUCGGUGGGGAGGGAGGAGUCUGAGGCCUUGACAAAAAAGAGGACUGGCCAUCUGGCAGUGGGGCCAGCAAGUUCCAAGCUCCUUUUCCACUGUGUAUGUGAGUGAGAGGAUGUGUUUGCCCAGGGUGUGCCCUGUUUAGGUACCUCUCCUCAUCCUGUUUUAAGGGUAGCCAGAGGAGAGGGGUGCCUGCCUGACUGCCCCUGCACUGGACUGCUCUGUGAAGCUGGACGCUUUGAUCCCCAUAGAAAUGGUGUCUUCAGGGAAGUUGCAGCUCCUGGUGUCUCCAUUUUCACUAUGAGAGGGAGGAAUAAUGCAUUCCCCCUCUUUUGUCCUGCCUCUUUUUUUCCUUCUCUUCCAAGGUCAGAGCUGUUACCGACAGUCGCAGAAUGUGUUGAUGCCUGAGAACUUGCCCAGCCAUUGCCCAUCUGAAUGAGUUUGGCAUGGAGCUGGUUGAAUCGGUUAUUUUAAGGGCUCUGGUUUUAAACUUGCCACGUGCUUGGCUUGACCCUCAGCUGGCAGAGAUCAAAUAUUCCACCAAGGGAUGUUCUUUGGUACUUUUUAAAGCUUAUCAUAAAAAGAUUAGAAUAUGAAAUUCCUGCUUUUUUUGCUUUGUAGUGUGGGGGCCUGCUUGUUAGUUGUGCUGUCUGUUCCCCAGACCCAGUACCCUAGUGAUGGUGCUGGAGCCUACCUGCUGCUGGCUUUUUUUGCUCUUCUGUGCCCAGUUGCUAGAAUGGAACUGCAGUGCGCUCAGCUGCUUCCUCGUUUUUGGUAUCUAAUGUGCUCUGGAGGCUGGAAAUGUGGACACUGCUAGGGAGCAAGGCAAAGCCUCCAGCAAGGAAUGGGCCCAUAUGCUUCUAAAGAGCUGUCUGUACUGGAGACCUUUGGGGCUGCAGCUUGGCCAACAGCAGCUCUGUGAGGGGCGCUAGGUGCGAAGCCUCAGUGCUUUCAGAGUGACUUGUCCUAAUUUCAUGUAGCUGCGGUGGCUCACUGGGAGCAGAAGGUCUCCUAUAUCAUAGGAGCAGUACUGAGCUGAGAUUUCAGCCUUUUGAUGGGGAAGGAUCUGGGCUGCUUUGAGUUUCUAUCCGUGUAUAGACCGUGAUGUUGUCUUAGCACUGCUUUUGUCUAAUUGUCUCUUAACUGGUCUGACUUUUCUCCCCUCCGAUGCUAGUGAGGCAGGCAUAGGGACAGUGGGGCCAGCAGCUGGUGGCUGUCAGGAGCUGAGCAGAAAAAGUUGAUUUUUAUUUACUACUUUUUUACAUGAAAAAUAAAACAACCCCUAUUUUUCAGUGGGUGACUCUUCUUGCUCACCUGGCUCCCAUUGGAGGUCAGUGUUUCCAGGUACCCAGGUCGGUUCAUGGGGAGGCAGUGAACACGUGCAUACACCGCUAACGAGGUAGCGGCUGUCCCUGCUGCUGUGCUGCUCGCCCAAAGCAGCAACAGACGCAGAGCAACGGCGAUGUCAGCAAGGGCUGUCGCUGGAGGGGCCCUUGUUGCUGCUCAGGCCUGAAGCAGUGACUCCACAGCGAUGAAGUACAGAUGUUUGGAGGCUUCCCUCCUCAUGGAUAAUACCCAUGGGGGUGCAGGCCUGGAAGUGUUUUGUUUUUUGUUCUUCCCCCCUCCUUUGCCUGUGCUAGAGUGAGCUAUAGGAAGGGUCUGGCAGUGGCUGGAGAACCCAUUUGGUCCUCGUCUGCCUUACCUGAGUGUGCCCAGCUCAGGGAGGUGGGAGCAGACCUUCAGCUGUGAGCAAGGGCUCAGCCUAAGAUGCAAAACGCAAGCCAUGGCAAUGUUUCAGCACACGUUUAUUGCUGCUCAUUGUUUCCCUGCAGUGGAUCAGAACAAAGGUCCCUAUUGCACAUUAACAGAUUUUAUUUUUGGCAUCCUUAAAAAAAUUGCACAAGACUUCUUAACUCCCUUCCCCUCUCCCACUGCUAACUGCUGAACAAGCAAAUGAGAUCCUUUUUCCAAAACGAUGGCUAUGGUUUGCCCAGGAACCAUGGUGAAGCUUCCAGGACAUGGUCAGGCUGGGACUUGUGCGUUGGUACACCUGCAUAAGCAGGAAUCCUCGUGUGGGUGGCUUUUAUGUUUGCAUACAGUGUGUGAGACACCCUAGACUCUGGAAAACAUGCCUGGAUGAUCUUUGUAGA